AUGGUGUCCGACGAGACCUACGACAUCUGCCUCCCCAUCCUCCAGGACGCCUCUCUCGAGGAAGAGGACAAGAUCGACCGCCUCGAGUCCCUUUUGAAGAAGGCCACGACUCUCCAGGGCCAAUCCCUCGAAAACGCAGUAUUAGAUGCUGUCUGGCGAUAUCGCGAGGGCGGCGGGACUGCCACAUCGCCGCCGCCCAUCCGCCAGACCAUUCUGCGCCGGCCCUCGCCCGCCUCUUGGCGCGGCUCCAACACCCCACUUUCCGGCUCGCCGCGUCUCGGGGUGAGCCCCCUCGUGCCCCCAGGCUUCGUCCCGGCAUCCAUCCAAGGCGCUUCCUUCCCGCCGUCGUUUACUCGCAACAACAAAUCCACCGCCGCCUCACCCUUCGGCUCUCCCCGACCCUCGCCCCGUCUCGGUUUUGCGACCCCUGUCAUCCCCCACAGCCCCAGCCUCAACGCCUACGAGUUUGCCAGCGAUCACACACCUGCCGCUGAAAUCUUUGGCGACGCUCAGCAGACAGACAAUGUCGACUGGCUGGUCAGCGAUGAUGCCGUCAGUGUUACCUCGUCACUGGGAGGUGGCAGUGGUACCGGUUUUGGCGGCGGUCCUGGAAGCUAUACGGGCAGCGGCUUUGCCUCCGGAACGGCAACGCCUUCUUCCUCGAGUGGUCUCAACGCGGCCGCGCCCGAGUUCUCCUUGUCAUCCCUGUCCUCGCAGCAGGUGGACAUGACGCCCUACGACAUGCUUCGCUCCAUCUUGGGUCCGUCGCGCACCGACGACGAGAUCGACGCCGCCCUGGCCAUGCACGGCUACGAUCUUGGCGCGACCAUUACGGCGAUUAUGGAGCAGCAGCAGCAGCAGCGACAGCAGCAGCAAAAUCCGCAAGAGCCGCAAGAACCACAACAGCCGCAAGAUGCCGCCUCAUUUUCUCUGUCGGCCCUAGGAUCGGGCGGCGCGCCAGUCCCGCCCGCGCCGACCUCCAUUGCAUCGUCCAUGGACGACUCUUCGGGCGGCGUGCUCAUUGGCAAGUCCAUGACCCCUGACGCGCGCCCAAGCACACCCGCCGACCAGAAGUCUGGCAUCUUAUGCAAGUUCUUCUUGUCGACGGGCCAGUGCCUUCGCGCCGACUGCCGUUUCAGCCAUGAUCUGAGCAACCACAUCUGCAAAUACUGGGUUGCUGGGAACUGCCUCGCUGGUAACACCUGCGUCUUCUCACAUGACCCGGCACAUCUCAUUACCCGCCUGAACGUGGACGGCACGAGCACGCCGCCAUCGCAGCCCAGCGUCCACGACUAUAGCGCGUUCCCCGUCCUCCAGCCGCAGCCUUCCACGCCCGAGCAUCUGUCCCUCUUCGCGGCGUCGGGAUCGUAUCCUGCUGUCGGCCUCACGCCGCCCCCAGGUUUCAAGCUACCCGGCUUUAGCGGUGCAGGUGGCCUAGGCGACGGAAUCUCGCGACCCCGGUCGCGCCCCAGCAGCCGACACCAGAUGCAUCGCCAACAUGAAGGCGGACACCACGGUCACAACAAUAACAAUAGCAACAAUAACAGCAGCAGCAACCAAGCGGCGCCUUCCAUCGACGACACCGAAGCGUUCCCGACGCUUGGGUCGGCCGCAUCCUCUGCCCGAGCCGUGAGCGGCAAGAAACACCACGGCAAACGUGGCGGCCAAGGCCACAAAGACGGCACCGCCAUUGGCUCGGGUGCAAGCGCACCAUUUACACCGAGCUCGCUCGCGGACAUUGUUAAGAUGUCACCCUCGCCGACGCCCGAAGCCUCGUUGCCACGACCCGCGACCAUUCGCAAGCUGGGCCGCAACGGCAGCAUGGCCAAUAUGCGCAACGGCGAGACCAGUGCGGCCGCUCAGGCGAUCCCGACGCCCAAGCACAUUCCCUGGCUCGAGACGGGCGACAGGGCCAACAAAGCCUAUCUCAAAGCACGCCAGGAAGCCAUUAAGCACGGUGGAUUGCGCAACAAGUUUUUGCAGAGGUGGGUUUCCCCUUCCCCUUCCCCCCCCUCACUACCCGUCGGACCCUUACUGACAUACUGUAGCGCCGCACAAGCAUGGAACCGCAACGACGCGCGCGCCGCCAAAGCACUGAGCCUGCGCGGCCAGAGCGAAAACGACUUGAUGCGCAAAGCACACCGCGAGGCCGCUCGCGAGCUCUACGAGGAGCGCAACCGGUUCAACACGCCGUCGUCGGAAAUCUACGUGGAUCUGCACGGCCUGCACCCCGAAGAAGCCGUCGAGUACCUGGAGCGCGUGCUGCUCGACAAUGGCAGCGAGACCAAGCCCGUCUAUGCCAUUACGGGCACGGGCCACCACAGCAAGAACGGCAAAGACAAGGUCGGCAAGGCCGUGCGCAACUUUCUCAACGAGUGGCGUUACGCUUAUCGCGAGUUCUCUGUGCCGAGCGACCGCAACAACAUGGGCGGCAUCCUGGGCAUUGAUGCGCGCAGCUGGGACAAGUCGCUGGGGUCCCGGCCGACGGCGCCGCCGUCCAAGGUGUCGACGAGCACGACCGUCGUAGGAAAUGUCGACAUCUUGUCUCAAGGCGUCGAGAUUGGCGACGGCAAAGUGAAGCUGCUGGUGCGGGACUCGUCGGUCGCAGCUAAGGAGGUACCGAAAGGCGGCAAAGCUGUGCGGUAG